GUUAUCAGCCAAAAUGGCGGCUGAAGUCAUUGAAAUCGAAGAGAAAGCCUUGUUUAUGGGGACGAUUUCCAAGCAGAAAUGGUGGUUUCCGUUCACUUUGGAUAAAGACAGUAAUCUUGAAUUUAUGCUCUUUUCAAGUAAAUUUGGCAGAACAGCGGAAAGCUUAUACAACCGGAAUUUUUUUUAGUCUUGGAAAGUGUAAACAUCUGGCAAUGUUUUUCGAGGUCGGCUCCAGGGAACCGACGUGAACAAAGUCUACAGGACGGUCGAGGGGGUAAGCAAUUCAUCCCGUUUGUGAGGAAAUUAUAGAGUUUGUUUUAUGACCUCUGUAAACGUGGAGUUGGCAGACCGUGUGAUGCUCAAAUUUAUUUUAAAAUGACUGUUAUGAAUACUGCAGUAAAUGUUCUUUCCAUCGAGAGGUCGGCAAGUAGUGCCCCGUACAUUUUACCAUUAUAUGGGCAGCCAUCUUUAAAGCGCCGAUAGAAUUCCUGUCCGCCAUUUUGUCGGCAAUUUCUGAUAAUGAUGCCUACAAACUGAAAUCCAAAUGUUCACAGCAUACUACAUCGAGAGCAUCAAUGUGGUGAGCGGUUGGCGUUCAAACAACCUUAACUUGACAACUGUUAAAGGGCAAUGUUUUACCGUAAACCGUCAAAAAAAAAAAGAGCUGCGCGAUAUUUGCUGUCAAAAUAUAUCACGGUCCUUCAAAUCCUACAAUUAAGAGCUGCUUGUCGCGGAUAGUCUAUAUCUCGAAAAAAUCAUUGAACUGGUAAAUCCGUUUCCACGUUUCCAAAUCAAAACUAAUUUUUAUGGUCAUUUUCACUAACUUCGAUAUUUUUCAAUCACUAAACGGCGUCAAAACGAAUAUUGCAAUCAGCUUCUAUCCAAAUAUACUUCUAGUAGGUUAAAAAAAUUCAAACAGAUUCUCAAUGGAUAACUUGUUCACGUUGUGACCACGCCAUGCUGCAUACACCAUACACCCGCAAUCACAAGUUGCAAGUUGAGAGCAUGUCCGGAAAGUUCUGAAACCACACACACUUGUGGUGUAAAGCAGAGUAGGAAUCAAUCGAUUGAAAGGAAACCAAAAACAUCAUCAUUGUAAAUUUGAGAGGACAUGGUAUUGAUUUCUACGACAACUUUGGCUGGAGCUCAUUUGAGGUCGAGCUAUACACACCAAAAAGUAUUGUAUGGAAAAUUAAAAAUUCCUAUAAAGACACGGACAAAAAUUUUGAGAAAGUCCCUCUAACAAUAUUUUCAAAGUUUGCAAUUACUAAACCAGAGAACUCAAAUUGGGAAAGGAGUUGACAGCUACGUAGAUAUUGCUUAUGGUUUUGCAGUGCGUUUUAAGUUUUCAUUUCAUUUAACUGCGAUUAUUGAAAGACCAAAAUCACCUCUGAAAAAGAUAGUUCGUAUCAAAAACUAUGGAAUCAAUAUCAAGUGAGUCUUUAUCUAUUUCUUCCUCACAAUUAUCAGCCGUCAAAAGCCCUAAAUUUCAAUCGUCAACCGUCAAAGUUCCUUCCCUUUUACAUGCAACCAACAUUGAGCUUUAAAAAGCGCCAGAGUAAGGUCAUCGUAAUAUUUUUUCCUUGUCACUACAACUGUUUGCCUAGUGGUACGAGUUUUCUAAACUGACCGUAGAGUAAAAUGCAGCAAAGCCAAAUUAAAGCAUUCCCGGAUUUCUCUCGGAAGGGAAUUUAACAUUGCUCCACUGAAAAGCUUUUGACAGAAUUUUUUAGCUCCCCUAUAACCUCAUUAUAUCCAUGGCUUGCACAAUUGCCGUAACGGACGAUUGCCAAUUUUUAUACAUGUUAAAUCGCAACUUUAGAUCAACCUGUUUUACUCGCACCAGCGGACACUAGCUCACUGGCCUUUUUCAUCUAAGUACAGCCGGACCAAAAAUAAGCCUUCGUCUGAGUACUAUAAUAUCUCUCGUUUAGCUUAUGUUUUUUGUAUUUGUACUUGAAAUAAGGAAUCUAAUUGACAAAAUUGUAUUUUUUUUUCCAAAGCUUUACCUUACCUCUGAGUAAAAUAAAUUUGGUUCAAAAUUCAGCCUUUAGGAGCUUGUACAAUCAUAUGGAUUUGAUUCCCUCCUUUUUUCAGUUGAAUGUCCAGUCCUUACAGUUGGUCGUCUUGCCAAAACCACACCAAACAAUUGUGUGACAUCACCGAACAGACUUGACAAAUCGUGGGAAAACUUGAGUAGGAGAUACCGAAAAAAAAUGUAUGGAAGUCCUUUCUUCUUCAUCCUUUUCCUUUACCAAACAAAAUAAUGCACAUUUCGAUGGAAUCUCUAAAUAUCAUAACCGCUGGAUGAUGAAAGUUGAAAUAACCAGACUUUACCUUUUCAGGAGCAGGAAAAAGAGUCAUAUCACCAAACCCAGCAAGGCUUCUUCAUGGCGGACUUAACAGUGUAAGAAGAUUUAAAAAUUAUCAUGCAAACGUAACGAUGUUAUUUCUAAGCAAAUAAAACCUUAAACUGAUUUUCUUGCUGUAGUUAAUCGUGUUUUAUACCAAAGGACUAAACACGAGCGCGUUUUAAUUUUGUGGUGCGUAUUGGAAACCUGGUCAAACGUUUUUAGGACACUUUCAUUUAUUUGACUUCUAUUUUAAAAUUAUUGUCACAAGUGACCCCUUUCCCCUCCCCUAGCAAUGUUAAAAGUAAUGUAGCGUUUCUGAAUAUUUCCAGCAUUUUUAUGAACAUUGCAAAUAGCCUUUAGUGUCCAAAAAAGAUGUCAAAGGUUUAACAUCUCUUUGCUAGUCUGCUAAAACUCAAUUCAAUCAAAUCAAAUGGAAGACAAGUAACCUAAAAAUAGACAAGGAAUUAAAACAAACUUUGCAUGCGGACUCUCACCUUUGUGCGGUGAACUCAAAGCUGCGAUUGGUUAGUUCGUUACCACAGUUUUCAACUAAGGUAGUUUGGCCGUCGCAUAGGGAGGGGGUACUAAUGCACGCCUUUUUUCAGGAAAGUGUCCCCUUCCUUUAGAAAUAAAUAGGAAGAAAACACAAAAACUACGAUUACCUAAACUGUUAGAAUCGACUUUAAAGCCAUAACUAAGACACAGAAGGGCAAGAGAGAGGAAAUGAAAAGAUUUUGACAUUUUUUGUUUCCCAAAUGCAACUGUUUUCCUCAUAUAGCUACUUCUACUUCAACUGUUAUGGAGAAAUUCAAAUUAUUCCAUCUGGCCUCAAUUAAUGCUGUGCACCGAGCAUGCCCAACAUGAAUUCGAAGCAAUUAUUUUCAUGGCAACAUGACAUCACAAUGAAUGAAACAGAAAUCCUUGGAGUUCGUCUGAGAAAUUUUGUGAGAAGCAGCAAUGGCUUGUGUUUUCAUAGCGUUCCGACGGGAAAAAGUAAGGGCGGAUAGUUUUUUUUAUCACAGCAUCUGUUUCACUAUUGAAUAUUGAAUUACUCAAGAAAAGGUAGUAAGGAACACGAUAAAGUAUUUUCUUUCUCUCUUUUCUAUUAAGAGUUUAGUCUUCCAAGCUGCUUAUCUCUCUAGAGUCAGACUUUGUUUUUUGCUUUUCUGGUUGAAAAUGAUCAAAAGUUAAACUCCGACGAGGCAAACAAUUUCGAAAACAAUAUUAAUUUAACUAUGAUUAAUUGAGUUGAGGAAAAAUGAUACGUUUUCGAAUUUGGUUGAGUUCGAUUCCACUGUUGAAUACCACGUGAGACUAAAGCAACAGAAACGAAGGGUCAUUCCCCAAACUGAAUAUUGUUUGCCCUUUGAAGUUGCAAGACUCGGUGAAAAACAAGUACUAAGCUAAUUCGUAGUGACAAAUUUUCACAGCAGUGCUGUGAGAGGUUUGUAGAUGACAGAGUUGACAUGAAACAAUAGAGAGCAAAUAGACAAAAGAGCGAAGAAAACAAGAGAACAAUAGGUUAUGAGGUGGUGUUCUAUAUUGUAACGCGUCCUUUGUCUUAUACACUAAGAAAUAGCUAUUAAAAUUUUUCACUGAAAAAUGUCAUAUGACACCAAAAUAGCCAAUGAGGGCGUGCGCAGUUGAGAUAAACAAACAAAUAAACAAACAAUAUCUUAAACUCCAGCCAGAGAAGAGAGGGUCAAAAAUUAUUCGUUAAAUUUGACCGUGAUCCUUAUCAAUCUCUUCAGUUCUUCCAGAUGAAGUUCUUAUUUGUGUUUUUCCAGUAACGUUGCUCAUGAUAGCUACGUAGGCGCUACUUAUAAAUAGAGUUGAACCUCGGCAAAGUACUUUGUUGAUACAUUUUGGUUAGUUCUAGUUGCUUUAGAUAGUGAACAUUUGUGCAAGUCUUACAUCAUAUAGUAACUGAUGAUUUACUUUUCUCUACUGCUUUUAGAGAAGCUUUAUAAAGAGCCCGCGGUCUCUGUACCAACCUUCGCGCGUCUUUCUGAGAUCGCAAAUAGCCUGGGCUUCGAAAUGGAAGAGAUUGAGCUGAUGGCUUAUCGAGGUAGGAAUCUUGGUGAUAAGUUACUGGUAAUAAUUUAAUGUAAAUUGUUAUCUGAGUUCAUCAAUUUAAUUAGUAUAAUUAUUUUGUCAGAGGCAAUUUCUAGUACCCUGGCUGAUACGUACCAUCACCAGAAGACAACCCUUACAAUGCUUGGUAAGUAAAAUGUCAGAGAAACGUAUUAAUUCAGCAGAAACCCUAAUUUAUGACAGACACCCCACUAUGAUAUACUAUUAGCGUUUGCUCGUAACUUUUCAAUCAAACUCUGCUGCGGCGGGUAUUUACUGACAAAUUCACAUUGUUGAUUCUAAACUUAUGAAUUUGAAUCUGGACUUUCCAAGGUUAUUAAGUGAAGACAUAAUCCUCGCAACUGAACUGCAACAGAAGAAAUUGCAUAGAAAAGAAGUCAUACAAGAUUCAGGCCCCAACAGGAUUGGAACAUGUCCUUCCCCUCCCAGAUACUAGACGGGUGCACUAUUGCUGAGCUACAUCUUUAAAGCGAAGCAGUUAUUUGGUGAGAUAGUUUCAUAAAUUGCUUUGCCUCGCUUCAAACAUGUGGCUUCGUAGCUCUGUUCACUUAAGCUGUUUUUCAAGUGCAGGUGGAAAUAUAAUUAAUUUGAUUUUGAGGUACUGACGAUGUAACAUGAAAGGAGCGUCUAGUGACAAACUUCACGGCAAAACUAUGGUGAUUGCUUCCAACAAGUGCCAUCGUUGCUCUGUUCACUAGACGUCUUUAUCUUCCGCAUGUCGUAAUAAACUAAUUUCAUUUUCAGGUAUUGGUGAUGUGACAUUAAAGGAGUAUCAAGUGGUAAACUUCGCGGCAAAACUGUGGCUAUCAAGGACAACACAUGUGUGGCAGGAGUACCUAUGAUGAAUGGUUCUCAUACCCUGGAAGGAUUUGUCCCGGAUGUGGAUGCUACUGUAGUGUCUCGGAUAUUGGAUGCCAGUGGACACAUAGUGGGGAAAAGUGUUUGCGAAGAUUUGUGUUGUAGCUGAGGCAGUUUUACUGCUGCCACUGGUCCGGUGGUUAAUCCACACAAUAAGACGAGAAUGUGUGGAGGGUCAUCAUCAGGUUCUGCAGCUUUGGUGAGUAAGAAAGUACAUAGGAAAAUAGGAAAACCAAGAAGCAAGAAAAAUAAUUUCUCCUCUUCUUCAACAAAAUCUUAUUAUCGCAAACAAAUGAUCUCCAAACUGUCCAUCAUAUUGCUUUCACUCAAAAAAUCACAUAGCCUUCAUAGCUACCUUCGAGAGACGGAUCAGGGGCCUUGUUUUAUGUCCAUUUAUUUUCGACUCAGACUUGUUCCGUUCCGAGCACACAUUAUCUUUCAAUAAGAAUCGUCUUUUAUUCCUACACAAAACUUCGUUUUAAAUGUGGCUGCUUUGUGCAGCCACGUUUCUUGAUUACGCUCUUGUCUUCUCGUCGUUUUUAAGGUGGCUGGAGGUCAAGUUGACAUGGCAACCGGUGGAGACCAAGGAGGUUCCAUAAGGAUCCCCGCUGCGUGUUGCGGCAUUGUGGGUCUGAAACCCACAUACGGAUUAGUUCCAUAUACGGGCAUUAUGCCGAUAGAGUUUACUUUGGAUCAUACUGGACCAAUGGCCAGGACUGUGUAUGAUACAGCUCUAAUGUUGGAGGUAGGACAACAAGUUACGAAAAAUUGUUAGAAUUCCCGCAAAUAUCUAAUCUGCGACUUCCCAAUAAAAGUAAUCGGUGUCUAACGGCAUAAGAAUCUUGAAUUAUCGCAUAGUUUUUAUUUUCGCUCUACCUGAUUUCUUGGUUCAGCAUGAGACUAUCAGAUCAAUCACGAUAAGUGGGUGUCGUUUUUAGUCAAUAGUUUGAAAAUAUUUCGAAAACAGCGCGAAAUUCAUUCAUGUAAACGGUAUAUUAAUUGUCUGGUUGCUACCUGUGCAUUAUUUUAGAGAUCACUUCUAUUGGGUUUUUAAAUGUGGAUUUAAUCGUUAAUAAUGUAUAAUGACUCUUCAAUUUUAAAAUAGGCUAUGGCUGGAUAUGACGGAGGACUGGACCCUAGACAGCCACGAGAUCUCAAAGUGCCUGAGUAUACUUUGGGGGUGUGUCAGCUUUUGAAUUUCAUUGGCGAUGAAUCAUUUAUAAGAAAUAAUAUGUUAAAUGAACGUUCUAUGUCUCUCCCCAGAUAAGACUGUGUCAAUUAAUUCACAUUUUCUUGCUAAAUUAGCUUUUAUUUAGUUUUACAAGGAAGAUUUUUAAUGGAGAGAGACUAGGGGUUAUACAGAAUUAGACCUAACUUUAUAGACGACAAAUGGUAACGGGUAAGUUUCCGAACAAACUAGUGCUGUAUCGAUGUGGGGUAUCAUAAGAUAACUUUGAGUUGACAAUGUGAAUUAGACGACGUAGAGCGAUUCUAAAGCUGAAUUUUUGAGCGUUAGCCCUUCGUCAUUCGCUCUGACGAAGAGCUAACGCUUGAAACUUCAGCUUUAGUAUUGCCUUGCGAUGGUCAAUUUGCAUUAUCAACUAAGUUGAUCAAACAAAAGUGAGUCUCUAAAAAGUGGUUGCUGAGAAUCUAAGAGCUUCGUGGUUGUGGGACAUGCUUCAGUUAUGAUGAGAGGUCGGAUACACACCGUGGUCAACGGUUGACAGCAAAAGAAUAUCUUGACUUGUGCCAUGCUGUAAGCCAGGGGGGGGGACACCCCGACUUUGAAAACUGUUAAUGGUGGAAACGGGAGGGGUUGAUCGAAAUUGAAUUGAAUCUAAUGCCAGUGCUGGUUUGUUUUUGAAAAUCCAAAUAUUAUACCUCGGUAAUAAUUUUUUGUUUAUAAAGCAAUGCAAUUUUUUGUCAGCUCACAGGAAAAAUACACAACUUGAAAAUAGGAAUCUUGAAAGAAGGCUUUGGAUUGAAGACCUCCGAAGCGGAUGUUGAUAAGACGGUCAGAAAGGCCGCUGAACAGUUGGGUACUGCAGGCGGCGCAACUGUCGAAGAAGUGUCUGUCCCGAUGCAUUCUGACGGUAACUGAACAUGGGAAUGCUAAAAAACGCACCAUAGGAAAGGAGAGGAGAAUAGAGUUUCUCAUCAUUGCGUCCUACUUGAAAUAAAUGUUUAGAAACACUGUCAAACGUACUUCACUAAUCGGUUCACAACUUCAUUUAAGAGUGAAAAUGAGAAUUGUUUGAUGUGCGUUUCGGAUUUAUUUAAACGUAGAUUAGACCUUUUAGAGAAGACUUAUAAUUGUGUUGUGAAAGUUUGUCUAAGCACCACGUUAACUCGUCGAAUGUCAUAAUUUGUUUUUGAUUUGCCUCUCUUUUUGUUUUCUUUUUGUUUUUUUUCUAUUGUAAUUUUUUUCCUUUGGCUUCACGUUUCGACAGGUGUUCGAAUCUUUGGGCCAUUCGACAUAUUGGAGGUGAUCGAAUGAUGUUUGAAGGAGCUGGUGAGAAGUCAUAAUUGAUUUCACAGAGAGUUCGAAGGAAUCCCCUUCAAAUAAAGGGGUGGUUGGUGUUUUGGUAAACAUUUGUUCUGAACAAUCCCGAAUCAAGAAUAACAGUAGCUAGAUGAGGAUUUCCCCUUAAACUCUACGCAAACAUUUUAAAUUGUAUACAAUGCUCUUAUAAUUGCGGCCAAGCCUUUGUGUUCGGCAAUGGUAAACAGUAGAGGUUACUUCAACCUUGGCGUCCAUCCAAUGGCAUGUCUAGUAACUUGGAGCUAAAUUAUGUACGUCGUUAGACUGUCAUAACAUGUUAUGUCGUGUCAAGUUAAUAAGAUGUGAUUGAUGUGUUGUCAUUGCAUGUCAUGUCACCUUAGGUCACUCUACGUCAUACCAUAUCGUUUCGAGUCACGCAACCCUAAGUCAAGUCAUUUAUCAUCAUUAAGGAAUGUUGCACAUGAAAAUGAUUUGUUUUAAAGGGGCUGGAACUGCCGUAAGGAUGUAUUACGACACCACUCUGCAGGAAGCCUUUUCACGAGGUCUAAAAUGUCACUCGAAUGACCUGUCAAAGAGAGGCAAACUCAUUCGGCUGAUCGCGAAGUAUUUGCACGAGGAUUACUACGGUAUCUUGUACGGAAAAGCACAGAACCUCGGUCGAGAGCUUUGCAAGGCAUAUGAUGCGGCACUUGAAAAAUACGAUGUGUUGAUUCUGCCCACCAUCCCCAAGAAGGCACCAGUUUUCCCGCAGGAAAAGCCUCCUCUAAAAGGUCUAAUUUUGGCAUAUGAAUGUGUCAUUCUUUUGAUUAUGAAUUUGUAA